AGAGACCUGUUUCAUGGUUAAUACGUGUCUGCAUUUCUGUUUUCUGCAGAAAUCAAACAGCACAGCAGCUCCUUGCCCACCUUCCCCAAUUGUCCUGUGCCCCUUACAGCUCUGCAGUUCAUCCUACAUCAAGCCUAGUAGAAGUAAAACUCAGAAUGCAGUGAUAGGAGCUAAUUUUGAGAGAGAUGCUCCCUAAAAUUUGGUGAGAAAACAGAUGUGAGUAGGUUGUGUUAGGCUUCACCUUGUGCUUAGCAGUCUUUGAGAAUUUUCCCUUAAAGAAGUAAGCUUCAGUGUAAUUAGCUUCAAGCUAGCACUAGUUUCAGAACCUGGACUGGUCCUGUGCGCCCUGAGAUUUGGACUGCUGUGGAUUUUGUAUAUUAUGAAAAAAUAGACUUUUAGGCCCAUGGUUCCAGCACUUUUAAGGCCAGUGAAUCUCCUACCUACCCUUGAGUCACAUUCUCUAGUGUACCUAGGCUAGACUUGGAAUAUUCUGUUUAAUGUAGUUCCAUGGACUAGCUGUAAAGACCUUCUAGUCUUGCAGAUUGCUGUUUGGUAAACUGUGCUAAGUCAGGUACCAGUACCCAAGGUCACUUGUGUAAAUUUGCUUGUUUCUCUUUCCUCUUUGGUUUUUCACUGUUAUAUCUAUGCUUUGUGGGUCAAAUUUCUAGUGAAACUGAUUAAAGUUACAAAAUAUUUUUUGUGAUCUGCCAUAUUUCCAAAGGCGAACAGUAAAUCUAUUUUUGUUUCAAUCACUUAUCUUGAUAGCUGGAAGAGUGGGGUAGAAAUGCUACUGAAAUGGUAUAUUCUGCUGCUUAUGAUUUGGGAAAUAGCAAAUACACGUAUAUAGAUGGUGUCCCUAGACUUCCUCUGUCCUGAUGUUGUUUGCUGCUUUUUUUCCUCAGAGCUACAAUAUUGUUGACCUCCAGUUCAGACUUUCUUCUCUCCCAUUGCUCCAUCUUACUUAGUAGCUUUUUGCCAUUAGCUUUUUGCCCUGAUGGUCUGAACUUGCUGUGCAUGGAAUGUCCUAUUCUCCACUUGAUACGAUGAUGAACUGGUGCUAACUCCAGUUUUUCUUAAACUGUUACUGUGAGCACUUCCCUGUCCAUUCCCUAAUGUGUGUUGGGGUUUUUUUUUCCUCCUGCUACUGCAGGGAUUUGCUUAUUGCAGCAGCAGGGAAGUGUCUUUUUGCUGAAGCAUUUACUAUGUUCAGUGUGAGUUUUCCAAGGACACCUUUGUCUCUUGGUGUAGCUGAAGAAGCUGAUAAUGUAGGAAUGGAAAUGUUACUGGAGUGUUUUUUUAAUCUGUGGUUCACUGUUCAGCUGCUAUGUUUUCCAUGACUUUAUACAAACCUAGAAAAGGUGAAAUAUAUAUAUAUAUGUUUUUUUAGUGCUGAUUCCUUCCUCAAGCAGAGCUUGGCAGAUUUAUUACAGAUGAGAUGCGGACAAGCAGUGACUUGAAAGAUGAUUGAGACAGCCGGCCUCACUGCAGUCACUCCCGUGGUUUUAGAGUUGUGCCAGACAAGCCUAGAGACUGGCAUGGACAUGAUUUUGUAGAAAUUUAGUAGAAUUAAUUUUAACUUAGAUUAUCUACUCUAGAUUUGGAAUUGGGAUUCCAGUUAUCAAAGCUUAUCUAUGGCAACUUAAAACCCUAAAAAGAUUUAGUCAUCUACAUGUAAUUUACUACGUGAACUUUGACUUCCGUACUAAAUAAAAGAGAUGGUGCUUCAAGAUUGUUUUCCUGGCUCAUACAAAAGAAGUUCUUUACCAGUAGUGGAGUGCUUGCAGUUUCUUCUCCUCUUUGUGUUUUGCUGUCCACUAAAUGUACAUUGGUGGAAACUGCUGUCACUAAAAACACCUUACCUAUUGCACCCAAAGUAUAAUGCUUUUUGAGGUUGCUGCUCCCAUCAAUCUGCUCAGUAAAAGUAGCUCAUCUUGUAAUGGAGGAGAAAGUUCGAGUCGCAGCGCAGAGAAACGGGCAGCUAAUGAAGAAGCCGAAGACUUCACUACAAAGCCUGCUCCUGCCAAAAUGUCCAAGUUUGGAUUUUCCAUAGGCAGUCAGACAACAAAGAAGGCAUCUGCAAUAUCCAUCAAACUAGGAGCAAAUAAGCCUAAAGAGCCUGUUCCAACUCUGGCUCCAAAAACCCUUUCUGUAGCAGCAGCUUUCAAUGAAGAUGAAGAUAGUGAACCAGAAGAAAUGCCUCCAGAAGCCAAGAUGCGCAUGAAGAACAUUGGAAGGGAUACACCAACUUCAGCAGGACCAAAUUCCUUCAAUAAAGGAAAGCAUGGAUUUUCUGACAACCAGAAGCUAUGGGAACGAAAUAUAAAAUCUCAUCUUGGAAAUGUCCAUGACCAAGAAAAUAACUAAAUGAUGUGGAUUACAAGUUGGGUGUUUGGGGGGAGGGGAGGGUGUAACGUUAAAGGAACAGUUUCCUUUUUUAAGAAUGGUAUGAGACUAUCUUUGGAGCCACUUUUUUAAGAUUUUGAGUGGUACACUAAUGAAUUAGUUUGAAAUUAGAGGUAAUUUAUGUUUUCUAUACAGAUUUCAAGGCAUUUGCUAAUUUUGUAGUUCAUGUGAUUAGUUUCAAAAGGUUACAGAUAAUAAAGAAAUUGGAGUGGUACCUUUUUAAGAAUUUUUUUUUUUGGUCAGUGAUUAAAUAAGGUGGAUGAAAAAGGUUACUGUCUCUUUAAUCAGGUUAAAAUUGAAUGCCCGUGCAUUCUCACUUCUGGCUCCCUCUUCAUAACAGGAGAAACAGUUGACUUCUAGGAAUUCUGCUAAAGAGAGAGCAUUGUUUUGUGCUAGAAGUGUUACUGGACUAUUAAUUUGAAUAUAAUCUACACAGGAAAUAAUAAGAACCUGGAUUUUUUUUCUCCCUGCAGUCACCUUUUUGUUAAGUCUCCGCAAAGUAGGAAUUAUUUGCUCUGAGUGGCUCUGGUAACUUAGUUCUAAUUUUGUUUUAAACUUCAUGUAGGAUGUGUAACCUUCUGUGGCCUGUUUCAUCCUAAGGAAAUGGGCCUUGUCUGUAUAUUAGAUACAGUCUGUAAAGAAUAUUCACUACAAAGGUAAAUCAGUAUUUUCAGUGUGCUCCUCUUAAAUCAUUAGCCUUGAGUAGUGCUUGUUAGCAUUUCCUAGUGGUACACGAAAGCCACCACCAAAAAUACAAGCUAAUGUACAUUAAGCUUCACAUUUGGUUGAAAUAUUUUUCUUUACUAUGCCUAGAAGGAAUAAAAGCCACACCAAAAAUCAGUAACUCACUGCUUAAGUAUGAAAAAUCCAAGAUGCACUUUCCCUGUCUUGCCAUUUAAAACAAAAUGCCUUGAUGCUGUGACCUCAGUGGACACUAUCAGGUCAAAGAAUACUCUGUCUGCAGUUCUAAUGCUUCUAACAAGUGUCGACUUCAGAAAUAAAACUUGACCUUUUCCUGCCUGUCUGCCUUUUGCAGUGAUUUUCAGCCAUGACAUUAGUCUGGUCAGUUUAAUUUCCUGGCUUUCAUACUGCAGAACAGUGCUGUAGGAUUUUAGUAAUGACUGUCUAAAUUUUAGUCUAAUCUAGAUUGCAUAUUUUUAAAACAUUGUACUAUCAGAACUGGUUAAACAAAUUUAUCGACAGCAACACCACCACCUGCUUUCCCCCUACCCCAAACAAGCAUAAGGGUUUUUUUUAAACUCAAAUACCUGAUAGUGUCAAUCCCUAAAUUAAUUUCAGCCAGGAACUGGUUGUAGAAUUCAGUAUACAAAUUGCUUUUAUCUUGCCUCUAAAACCUUCGUACUGAAGUUGAACCUGCAAGUGCAGAAAGGAAAGUGCAUCUUGAAGUGUAUUUUUUUAUUAUUAUUAUUAUUAUUAUUAUUAUUUUAGGAAAGCUCUGACCACUUAGACUUUUGAGUUUGUAAGUUCUAAAAAAUAUUUUUUUGUAUUUUUGUAUUGUAUGUGUAAUCUUUUUUCUUUUGAAGUCUGAUGCAGUUGAAUACCUGUAACUGUUUUCUUUAAAAGCCUUGUUAUAAACGUAACAUAAAAAUGUAUACAUUAUUUUUUUUUCCAUAGCAGAAAUACUUGGUUUUUUAAAAACACACUUUCAAAACUGACUUUCAGGACUUCCAAAACAGAUUUGGGCAUUACUGGAACUAGGCAAGGCAAACUUUUCACUUAUUUUCAUCACAUGUGGUUAUGUUUGUUGAAAUAAAUCCCUUUAAGAUAGUGGUAA